CAGGUAUAAUUCAGUGUUGGGCAUCACACACAGAUGAAACAGCAGCAUAUUUAUCAAAUACAACAUGCUUCUUGGCUCGGUUCUAUUUCUUUCUCUGUGUAUGAUCACAGUCAAAUCCCAGCAACUAACUUCCAGUACCACAUCCAUGCCAAGUACCAUGACUAGAUUGCCCACGACUACAACAGCAGUUCCAACAACACGGAUGAUGGAUGUGCUGCACCUUGAAGCCAUACCCGACUACCCAGUAGCUGCUGGUCAAACAGUCCAACUGAGCUGCAAAAACAUCUCAUCAAAAAUCAUAACCUGGUCCAGGUUCCACCUUCAAAAUCAGAGCUGGGAAAAUGUGGGUUCAGGUAUGGUUCUGACUCUCACUGAGCCAAAACAAAGUGGAAAGUACCGGUGUGAGACCCACAAUGUUUUCAACGUGAAGAGCAUGAGCCAGAAUCAUACUGUGUACAUCGUCUCCAUACCAACAAUCGGAGAGAACUUAGGAAAAGCAGCAUUUGCUCUUUCUGUUCUAAUUUGGAUUGUCAUCAUUGCUGGUGUUGUGUGGCUGUGUUGGCAAAGAUUUUCUAACAAACUGAGCGCCUUGAACGCGCCAAAGAAAGAUCUUCCUGCUCCACCAGAAGGGAUUCCAAAGAUUUUGCCACCAAACAAUGAUUCUGAUGCAGAUGUGUACAUGAACUACACAAGCACUAAGGAAGACUACAGUAACCUUGAUCCUUCCAACAUGACAGGGGAUGAGUUUUACUCAACUCUGUCAUAA